CGGCCUCCCGUCCGCGGGCGUCCCAGCCCCGCCGGCGGUGGAUGCGCCCGGGAGGAGCCGCCGAGCCCGUCCAGCCCUUCCAGCCCCCCGCGGGGGGGACGCGGGGACCGCCGCGAUGACUUGACGCCGGGCCGGGCCGUGCCGUGCCAUGGAGGGGAUGACACGCUUCGCGGUGGCCGCGGCGCGGUGGCGGCCGGCGCUGCCCGCCCUGCUGCCGCUGCUGCUCGCCGUGCCGGCGCUGCGGGGCUCUCCCGCCGCAGAUGAGAGAUCCGUGGAACAGCAGAAUUUUUCCUUUUUCUCAACGGUGCAUGAAAGCAUAUCAGGCAGCAGGACACAAACGGCCUUAGCAAGGAGUACUUUGGAGUCCCAGGAAAGUAAUUUGCUUCAAACAGUUUUAUCAUCAGUUACCACUUCCUUUGAUGGGACUUUACUUAGCCAAGAAGAAACAGCCAUGAUUUCAGAAGAGAGAAGUAUGCCGAUGGUAGAUGUCUCUGUAAGGAGCAAUGAGGCAUUCCUAAGUGAUGAUGAAUUUAUUAGCUCCUUUUCAAAGGCACAGUGGACUCCUCCCGUGAAGUCUUUUGCAGUUUUAACAGAUCAUCACUCAGUUAAUACAGUAGAGCCAUCAAGAGAAAUGUUAGAAACUGUGUUGCUAACACCUUCAUUGUCUGUCCUUUCUUCACUGUAUGAUAUCUCAGAAACAGCACAGCAGAAGACUCCGUUGAGUGCUGUCCCUGAACGCAGCCACACUCUCAUGGAGCUAAAGCCUUUUGUACCAGAUCCUGAAAUACUAACAGCAAGCAGAGAUGUGCUGUUGUACCCUCCAAAUACAGCUGUUUCUUUCACUUCCAUACUUUCUGACAGGGGAGUUGUGGCACAGGAAAACAUCAAUGCAAGUUUAACAGCUCUGCCUUUUGGGGAUGCUUCAGUGGGAUCUCCUCUCCAUCUCAAGCUGCUGGGUGAAACCAGCCCUGGGGCCCCAGAUGCCACAGUGCAAGGUGCAGACCUGUAUGGUGAUGUUUACACCCAUGUGAGUAGCAGGGCAGCAGAAUCUCUCAGUCAAAGGACUUACCCCACUCCAAGCAUUCCCUGGCACACACCAGCUUCAGCAGCCAGUGCUGAGCCUGCUUUUUAUCCUAUUAGUCUUCCACUUGUGUCUUUCCCUCUUGAUUCAGCUGCCAUUUCUGUGAACUCUAAGACAGUUCUUAAUGCCAGCCUGUUUACACGUGAAUUCUCCACUACAGCACCAAAUUUGCCUGCUGGUUCAGAAAUACCAAGUCAAUCAGAGCUUGCCAGUGAGCUCAAGAGUCCAGUGCCUUUCACGAGAUCCUACAGUUACUGUCUGUAUUGUGACUCUGUUUCCCUUCUGCCAGAAGCAGGCUUUGCCCCAGAACACGAUGUGGGCUCAGGCGAUGAUGCUGAAACUUUGUCCAUCAGAGCCUCUGAAGUACAAGGCAUAACUGCAUUUACAACUAUAAUUACUGAUGGGUAUGACUUAGAGGAACCUACACCUGAGAUUUUUGAUACUUCUUUUCCAUCAAGACCAGUUGUUUCACUUUCUUCAAGACUUGCAGAAAUCCCUGACUCAAGCAUGUUUUUAUUGAGCACUACAGACACUAGAACACCUAUAACAAUAUCUUCCUCCUUCCAUCAGCUCCCUGGGGAAACAUCACUGAACAUCUCUGUUUCCCAGACCCUUCCUGUUCUGGAAACAAUUUCAUUGACUCCAAGUGCUCAUGUGGAAUUUCCUGGUGCCACCACUGCUCUGUUGGACUCUGCCAUCACCCCCAGCGAGCCAGUCACAUCGUUUGCAAUCAGUCAGACAGCCUUGCUGGAACUGCCAGAAUUAAUGCCAUCAGAAUCUGUGGUUUUGCUUGGCAAGACAUCUACAAGGGAUGAAUUGUCUUUAAAUAUUUCAGAUUUUCCAUCCAAUCUUUUAUCAACGCCGUUUCUUAUUGAAUCUAGCUACUUGUCUUUAUCGCUGACCAUGAUAAAUUCUUACUCUGUCAUGCAAAGUGAUUCAUUAACACUGUUACCUCAGACCUUGUUGACUGGGACAUCAGUACUUCCUGAGGAUGCUACCAGCUGGGACUUAGCCACCACUGUCAGCUCUGCCACUGAUGCCGAGGUUUCUCAGUUACAUCUUAGCCAAACACCAUACUUUCAUUCCAAUACAUCGUCCCUUCCAGAUGCACAGGUUCCUGAAAUAAUGCCAUCAUCAGAGUUUCACUCAGAGUCAUCUGUGUUUCUGGAAGCGUCCUUGGUACUGCCAGUGGGCUCUGAAGUUGUGUUUACCUCAGCUGCCACAGGAGCUACCUCUCAGUUGGAGCCUUCCCUCUCCACCUCUCCCUCUGUGGCUCCUACCCUGGUGCUGCCCACUCCCGACACCCAGUCUGUUACCAGCAGCAUCUUGCUCAGUGAAACAAAUCUGAUCUCUUCGUUUACUACCUUCCCAGCAACUCCUGUCUUAAACAUAUCUUCAUCUCUACUUUCAACUGCUCUGGGUUCUGAUGAGGAUAUUGGUGCUACAGUUAACCCCACGCUGCUUUUAACAUCUGGCAGCAGGGGCAGUGUCCCCACAGCCAUUCCUCCCACAGACCCUGACAUCCUUGCAUCAGAUGCUGACACCAUCAGCAUAACACCCUUUCCUACAGCAUCUCUGCCUGUGACCUCAUCGUUUGCUCCCACACAAUUCCCUCUGACUGCCAGCCCUCCCCCUGGACAUGAAGUUCCAUCAGGAAGCAGUGUAACUGCUGGUGCUGAUGCAUCUGCUCCUUCCACUGCUGCCACCAGUGCUACAGGCAGCCCAGGGACAGUCUCCUCCAGUGCUACAGGCAGCCGAGGGACAAUGUCCUCCAGUGCUACAGGCAGCCCAGGGACAAUGUCCUCCAGUGCUACAGGCAGCCCAGGGACAUUCUCCUCCAGUGCUACAGGCAGCCCAGGGACAAUCUCCUCCAGUGCUACAGGCAGCCCAGGGACAUUCUCCUCCAGUGCUACAGGCAGCCCAGGGACAAUCUCCUCCAGUGCUACAGGCAGCCCAGGGACAUUCUCCUCCAGUGCUACAGGCAGCCCAGGGACAAUCUCCUCCACCCCUCUGAGGAGCACUACUCCACCUGAAGUGGUGGCUGUGACCUCUGCUGUGACAACCACCAGGCAGCCGUACGUCUGCGACAUCACCGUUCCCGACGCCUACUUGGUCACUGCAGUGCUGGCCCGAAGAGCUGUUCUACGAAAUGUCACUGAAUCCAUCAGAGAAGUGCUCAGAGUUCAGUUCAGGAGAUCAGUAGAGCUGGAGGUUUAUAAAAUUUCCCCCAAAUUUGCUUUCUUGGUGACAUCUGGUCCCUUUGUUUACAUGGCAAUAGCUGUCAUAAAUGUGCUUGUGAACAGCAGUCUUCUUCGUGGGGAGGCCCCCAUCAUCCUCUCACUGCACCCUUCUUUCACUGUGCCAGACAACAGAUUCCAGGUUCAGACAGUGCUUCAGUUUGUACCUCGGAACGUGGAUAUUGGAUUCUGCACCUUUAGCCAGCGCAUUGAGAGAGGGCUGACAAUGGCGUUCCUGGAGGUGAACAAGCACCAGGAGUCCUACAACUUCACUGUGCAGAUACUGAACAUAACUCUGAGCAGGCCUGGGGUGGCAUUUCGACAGGGCCCUGUGAGCAUUGUCUUUGCCAUCCGAGACAGGUACGGUUUUCUCAAUGGGUCUGAAGUCAGUGAGCAGCUCAGAAACUUGUCCGUGGUGGAAUUCAGCUUCUAUCUGGGCUUCCCUGUGCAGCAGAUUGCUGAACCCUUUCAUUAUCCUAAGCUUAAUGUGUCCCAGUUGAUGAAAUCUUCCUGGGUGAGAACAGUUCUCCUGGGUGUGGUUGACCAGCGGGUUCAGGAGGAAGUGUUCCGGGCUGAGAUGGAGCGGAAACUCGCUCACCUCUUCAACGAGGCUUUGCUCAGAGGCAGGAUCUGGAGACGGGCCAGCUUUGCAGGCACCAACAUUGUGCAGAUUGUGAACGUGUCACGCUUAGUUGGUGUUGAUAACCCUGUGGAGCUGAUCUACUUUGUGGAGGACCAAGAUGGGGAGAGGCUGAGUGCUCUGAAGUGCUCAGACCUGAUGAACAGAGUGGACAUCCAGCGGGCUGCCAUCAUCCUUGGGUACCGCAUCGAGGGCAGCGUUGCACAGCCUGUGGAGAGGCUGAAGGAGCCCACGUCAGAGACUCAGAACAGCAACCUCUGGAUUAUCGUUGGGGUGGCAGUCCCAGUUGCUGUGGUGCUCCUGAUUGUUAUUAUUUUAUACUGGAAACUCUGCAGGACAGACAAGCUGGAGUUUCAGCCAGACACAGUGAGCAACAUCCAGCAGCGACAGAAGCUACAAGCCCCCAGUGUGAAAGGCUUUGAUUUUGCUAAGCAGCAUCUGGGCCAGCACAAUAAAGAUGAUGUCCUGAUUAUCCAUGAGCCAGCUCCUUUACCAGGACCCAUUAAGGACACAACCCCAUCCGAGAACGGAGAUGUGCCCAGCCCCAAAUCCAAGACUUCCACAAAGCCUUCAAAGACUGUUCGACACAGAGGGAGAAUUUCGCCAUCAGAUGCUGAAUCCACAGCAAGUGAACAAUCCAGCGGGAGAGAGACGGGAGAAGAAGGUGCAAGGCCAUCAACUGCUGCAAACGAGGGCAAGCCACGCAGAGCAGUGAAGAAGGGACCUCCUCAGACCAGCAGUGGAAACGAGCAGCACUCCUCAGCAUCCAUCUUUGAGCAUGUGGAUAGGAUGUCCCGUUCCUCAGAUGCCAGCAGACGUGUCCCAAGCAAGAUCCAGCUGAUUGCCAUGCAGCCCAUGGCAGCCCCUCCGGUCCAGAACUCCGUGCUCUCCGAUCGGGUGGCAGAGACCAACAAAAUCAAUAAAGAGAUACAAACAGCCCUGAGGCACAAAUCCGAGAUCGAGCACCACCGCAAUAAGAUCCGCCUCCGCGCCAAACGCAAGGGCCACUAUGAGUUCCCAGUGGUGGAUGACGUGGUGGUGCUUGACUCCAAGGAGCAGCACAGGAUAUAUCGCAAGGCACAGAUGCAGAUUGACAAGAUCUUGGACCCUGGAGGCAGUGUGCCUACUGUCUUCAUAGAGCCCAGGAAGAGUUCUCGUGCAAAACGUUCUCCCAAGCAGCGCCGUCGCCAUCAGAUAAAUGGGAGUCCAAUUGAUGCUGAAAAGGACAGGUUAAUCACAACUGACAGUGAUGGGACAUACAAAAGGCCUCCAGGAGUCAAUAAUUCUGCAUAUAUUUCGGACCCAGACCUGCCAGCGGAGCCGCAGACGUCGUCCUCGGCGGAGGUGGGGAAGCUGGCGGGGCUGCCGGCGCACGCCGUGCCGCAGUACGUGCCCCCGCAGCCGUCCAUCGAGGAGGCGCGGCAGACCAUGCACUCCCUGCUGGACGACGCCUUCGCCCUGGUGGCUCCCAGCAGCCAGGCCGGCUCCAACGCCAUGCCUGCGCCCGGGGGCUCCGCAGCACAGCCGAGAUACAUGGAAUUUGGAAUGACUCCGCCAGCAGCACCAGGUCUCCUACCGAGGCAGAACUUUGGGCCAGGUUUCCUUCAGCCUGCAGAGCUGAUGCACGGAGAGCAGCCACCCCCUGAGGUUCAGUACUCCUCCAGGGGGAUGUACUCAGAGGAAAUGCCGUCAGUGGCACGGCCACGGCCCGUUGGAAGCACUGCAGGUUCUCAGAUACAGCACCUCACUCAGGUGGGAAUUGCUAGCAGGAUCGGAGGUCAACCAGUGGAGCUCCCCUCAGGCAGAGCAGGGCAUGGCCAGCCGGGGGGGCCAGGGUGGCCCCAGUAUCGUGGAGAGGAUGAAUGUGCUAGGCGAGAUGCAACGCAUAUGCAUGGACACCAAGAAUAUUCCUCCUCACCAGUAUUCCAGAUGCAGAGGACUUCAGCCAGGCAGCCCUCAGCUCCUCCUGCUCAGCUUCCACACAACAGCCUUCAGGGCCAGGGCCUUUGCUACACCACCAGUUCCACUGAGGACCUCCAGCCAGGUCACUCGUCAGCCUCUCUUAUCAAAGCAAUUCGAGAAGAACUUCUGCGGCUCUCUCAGAAACAGACAACAGUGCAGAACUUCCACAGUUGAUUUAGCAUUCCCUUGCAAAUCUGCCAGGUAUCUGCUUCCUAUGGAAGCAAAGACUCAGAGGAAAUCAGCAAUGUUGUUCUCACAAAGGAAGGAACUUCCACAGCUCUGUUGACAGCACUCUGGAAAAAAUCAAAAAAGGCAACAGAAUGAGACUCGUAAGGAGAGAUGGGGACAAACAGGGUAAAUCAUCAGUAUCAUCACAAGUAAUGUUAAUUAAUCUGCUCAUAUUACGGUGCUCCUCUUCUCUCUUUACCCUCAUUCAGGCUAACACAUAAAUAAAACCAUAGGUCAAGAACUCAGUACUCCAGCAACAACAACAAAAAAAAUGACAACUACGUCCAAGAAUGAUGGACUCCUUUUUUUAAGGAAGUAGGUGAAGUUUUUAAUGAACUGAGAUGACAUUUUGCAAGAGAUUACAAGUAUUCUUAUCUCUCCAGUGCGUAUGGGGAACUGGUUUGUGUUGCUGUUCUGCAGGAUUGCAAACUGUAUCAACUUAAGGGUCUUGAAGGUCCAAUCUCACAUAGGAAUCACUUUGGUUGUCAGGAACAAUGGGACUGCUUAGAAAAAAAGUCUGUAUGAGUUACUUGUAUUAAACUGGAACAAUAAUUGUUACAGCUCUGUGAUUCUGAAUGGAGCUACCCUCUGCACUCUUCCUUGUUUUCCUUCUGGUGCUGAAGCUUCAAGUGUUCCUUCAUCCUCAAUGUUUGCAAAGUGAAACAUUGGCCUUGUAUAAUUAAGAAAAUAUUUGUAGACUCAUUCAGGCUGGAAAAAGAAAGCAAAGCAUCCAAACAGAAAGGGCUUGGUAUCUAAUUUGUUUAAAAAUUACUGAAAACUGGAAGGGGAAUAUUCAGCCACAGAUGAAUUUGGGGAAAUGUGUGUGUGUAUAUCUUUAAAAAAACAUAUUUGCAUACUAAAUGCUCUUGCAAGACCAGCGAUAAACUAUUGCCACUCUGUAGUUUGCUUUGUGGACUGAAACCAAUCCAGCCUGACUGGUACGGGGUCACCAGCAUUAUGUUAGAAAUUGAUGUCCUAAAUCAUUGCUUAUGUUUGGAUCUGAAUAAUUUUAGUGGAAGUCAGUGACAGUUUAGAGCAUUAACAUAGGCUUAGAUUUGCAGUUUUGAGACAGUUUAUAUAUUUAUACUUGUUUCCACUGUCCCUUUGGACAAAGGGUAAGCAUUAUCCCCAUGGUAAGGAUGGUACGUGCCAUGGAACUGUUUUGUCGCUGUUUUUUUCAGAGUUUUUAUUUAAAAUUAGCUACGAAUUUACUAAUAUUGGCCAUUGCAUAACUGUACCUGACAUAAUACACACGGACAUUUUGCUUAA